AUGAAAACAACAGAUACAAUGGCAAGGGACAAUCUCACAGUUGUGGUGGAAUUCAUUCUUCUGGGAUUUUCUGAUCUUCCCAAACUCCAAGGAUUUCUCUUUGCAAUUUUCUUAAGCAUCUAUAUAAGUAUAUUGACAGGAAAUGGUCUCCUCAUUGUCAUAACCAAGAUUGAUCCAGCUCUCCAAACACCAAUGUAUUUUUUCCUUGGGAACUUUUCCUUCUUGGAAAUCUGUUACACAUCAGUCACUCUCCCUAGAAUGCUGGCAGAUCUCUGGACCCAGAAGAGAACUAUUUCGUUCUUAGCCUGUGCUGUACAAACUUGCUUCCUUUAUAUCCUGGGAGUGGCAGAGUGCUUGCUCCUGGCUGUGAUGGCUUAUGACCGUUAUGUGGCCAUCUGUAAGCCUCUCUACUAUCCUCUCAUCAUGAAUCGUCGGGUAUGUAUCCAACUGGUAAUGGCAUCCUGGAUGAUUGGGGUCCCAGUACUGGUAGAGGAGACAUAUCAGAUUUUCUGUCUGAACUUUUGUGGUCCAAACAAAUUAAAUCACAUUUUCUGUGAUGUCCCACCAUUACUGGAGUUGGUCUGUGGGGACACAUAUAAAAGAGAGAUCUCUGUCCAUGUUGCUGCAUUGGUAUUUGUCGUAACUCCCUUUCUGUUGAUACUCUCAUCCUAUGUCAAAAUCAUAACCACCAUCCUGAGACUCCCUUCGACCUCAGGGAGAUCCAAAGCAUUUUCCACCUGCUUCUCUCACCUUAUGGUUGUGGGAUUAUUCUACGGGUCUGGAAGUGUUGUGUAUUUGCGGCCAAAAUCCAAUCACUCAGCAGGAUCAGUAAAAGUGUUUGCUCUUUUCUAUACCACUGUGACCCCAAUGUUCAACCCCUUGAUAUAUAGCCUGAGAAAUAAGGAUGUUAUUGCUUCAGUGAGAAAACUAUUUCCUAAGUAA